GCUUUGAUCGUUCCCAUGGCAGCGUAUGUUAUUAGUCACUCUGCGCCCAUUCAGCCUAGCUCCGGCCGGCCGGCAUGCUGCAAUCAAUCUGUGAAUGAAGCAAUCUCUUCCCGAUUCACAACAAUCCGCAGUUUCAAAGGCGGACCCCGAACCACCGGUGUCACAAUCGUGUUUGGCUUUGGACUCCUUGGAUCCCCUGCCGUCAGUGGACAACCGCAUUGCCCCCCACCCCCACCCCACCCAUCCUCCGACAUGGAGCCUUCACCUAGCCAGACGGCCGAAACGGUCGAGGACAAGAAUAUCACUUCCACCACCACCUCCUCCUCGGCUACGGCCACGAAGAAUAACGGAACGACGGGUUUAGCGGGUGGUGGGGCGGAUUCGACCAUGGCUUCGCCUGCCAAGCGAGCGCGCGUGUCGGCCGACGAGUCCAUGGAGGAGAAGGAUUUUGACGAGGAGACGCAGAAGGCUUUGGAAGAGAUCGACUCCAGUCAGAACGAGAUCGAUGCGCUCAACGAGAAAGCCAGUGAGGAGAUCCUGAAGGUGGAGCAAAAGUACAACAAACUUCGACGGCCUUUCUACGAGCGACGAAACAAAAUCAUCCAGCGCAUCCCCAAGUUUUGGCUCACGGCCUUCAUCAAUCACCCGCAAGUGUCCUCGAUCAUUGAAGAGGACGAGGAGGAGGCGUUGCAAUAUCUGAACAAACUCGAAGUCGAGGAAUACGAAGAUAUCAAGUCCGGCUAUCGCAUCAAGCUGCACUUCGAUAAGAACCCCUACUUUGACAACGAAAUUCUCACCAAGGAGUUUCAAUUGGGCUCCUCCGGCGAUCCGGCCUCUAUUUCCACUCUCAUUCAAUGGAAGGAGGGCCAAGAUUUGGUGGCCAAGGCCGCCAUGAAGGCUGCCGCCUCCAAGGGCGGAAGGAAAAGAGUGCUCGAGAACCGGACCUUCUUCACAUGGUUCAAUGACAACACCGAACCCUCGGCCGACGAUGUAGCUGAGGUCAUCAAAGACGACAUGUGGCCCAACCCUCUUCAGUACUUUCUGGUGCCGGAUGUGGAGAUCGAAAAUGGAGGAGAGGACGAUGAAGACGAUCUCGAAGAUGAAGAAGAGGUGGUCGUGUUAGAAGAGGAAGAUGAAGAGGGUGACGACGAUGACGAGGAAAGCGGCGGAGGUGGUGGAGAAGAUGGCUCGGGGGCCAAUGCACCUAACGCCCCAGCCUCUGAAUCCGCCUAACUUAAUCCAGUAAGAAGCCCAACAAAGAAUCUGUACGAUACAUCAAGCGGAACGCGAGUCCUCCAAUAUUCUGGAACUUACCUAUUCCAGUAGAAAUAAAUCCAUCUAUGUCGUUUCGUA